AUGGCCACGGCAAACCCAGGCGAGAUCGCCCAUGAUCUCUCCAUGUUCCCCCCGUCCCUGCGCGGGCGGCGCAUCCUCCUCUGCACCGAGUCCUUCGGCCCCGUCAACGGCGUGUCGCGCACCACGCUGAUGCUCGUCAACCACCUGCGCGAGCACGGGGCCAAGGUCGCCGUCGUUGCGCCGCACAACAGCACCAAGAUCAACACGUUCGUCCCCGUCGCCACCGCCGACGACGGCAAGGGCGACAGCAAGAACGUCGGCGAGGUGCGCGUGCGCGGCUUCCCCGUGCCCUUCAACCCGGAGCUCUCCAUCGUCUACCCGCUGCGCCUCUCGACGCUCUACGCGCGCACCUUCGGCGGCGCCCCGGACCUCAUCUACGUCGCCAGCCCGGCCUCCCUGGGCUUCCAGGUGCUCCUGCAGCUGCGGCAGCAGUCGCCGCCGCGGCGCGCCCGCCCGCCCGUCAUCUGCAACUUCCAGACCGACCUGGGCGCCUACUGCGCCAUCCUGCUGCCGCCGCCGCUGGGCGCCUUCGCGUCCUUCGUCUUCGCCCGCGUCGAGGGCUUCCUCUUCCGGCACCCGCUCGUCAGCACCAUGUUCUACCCGAGCCGGUUCGUGCGCCGGUACCUCGAGCGGACGGGCGUGCCGGCCGACAAGAUGCGCCUGCUGCAGCGCGGCGUCAACGCCGAGCUGUUCAACCCUUCGCGGCGCAGCGAGGCGCUGCGCAGGCAGAUCGCGCCCCGCGGCGAGAUCAUAUUGGUCUGCGUGUCGCGGAUCGCGGGCGAGAAGGGCUUCGACUUCCUGGCCGCGGCCGCCGACGAGCUGGACCGCCGCGGCCUGGACUUCAAGCUGUACAUCGUGGGCGGGAACCGCAGGAAGGAGGUCGAGGCCGAGGUGCACGGCAUGUUCGCGGGCCUGCAGAGGAAGGGCAAGGUCCUCUUCGCGGGCUUCAAGCUCGGCGAGGCGCUGGCCGAGAGCUACGCGGCGGGCGACGUCUUCCUGCACUGCUCCGUGACCGAGACGUUCGGGCUCGUGGUGCUCGAGUCGCUGGCCAGCGGGGUGCCCGUCGUGGCGCGGGACGAGGGCGGGCCGAGCGACAUUGUGCGGCACGGCGAGUCGGGCUUCCUCGUGCCGCCGGGGGACCUGCAGGCCUUUGUGGACAAGGUGCUCGUGCUGGCCAAGGACGGCGACCUGCGGCGGAGGAUGAGCGCCGAGGCCAGGAGGCAGGCGUGCGAGGCGACGUGGGACAAGAUCAACAACAAGGUCGCCUGGGCCAUGGCCGACGCGAUCGAGGCGCGCGAGAAGGAGGUCGUCUCGGCGCCGCAGCUGAGGGACAGCGAGUCGGGCGGCGUGUGGCGGUCCGGGUUCCGGGUGCGGGACCGCCUGGCCGGCAGGAUAGCGGACCUGCGGGUGCUGGGCGGGAUGGGGGUCAUUAUCUUCUUCUGGGCGCUCAUCGCCUUCUACCUGGUGGUCAUCAAGAUUGGCAUGGCUGUCCGGAGCCGGCUGCGGCUAUGA